AUGGAAAAGGAGCAAGAAAAUGAAACCAGCUUCACUGGAUUCACCCUCCUGGGUCUCUCUUCCUCACCAGAGUUCCGGGGACUCCUCUUCCUCAUUUUCCUCUGUAUGUAUCUACUUAGCCUUGUGGGGAACCUUUUGAUCAUCUUGAUGAUCUUCUGCAACAGCUGUCUGUUCUAUGCCCCCAUGUACUUCUUCCUCAGCCACCUGUCCUUAGCUGACAUAGGAUUUAGCUCCAACGCUGUGCCCAAGAUGCUACAGAUCCUGGUGUCCCGGUCGAACACCAUAUCCUACAGGUGCUUGACUCAGAUGUAUUUCUUUGUGGUCUUUUGUACCACUGAUAACUUCCUCCUCGCCUCCAUGGCAUAUGACCGUUACGUGGCCAUCUGCUGUCCUCUACACUACACUACAAUCAUGAGCUACAAGCGCUGUCUGCUGUUGGCUGCUGGGUCAUGGCUCCUGUCUUUUUUCCAGGGCCUACUGUAUGUAUUUACAGUAUCUAAAUUGUCCUUUUGUGGCUCCCAGGAAAUCCUCCAUUUCUUCUGCGACAUCUACCCGUUACUUAAGCUCUCAUGCUCAGACACCUCAUCUGCUGAAACAUUGCUCAUGAUUGAAGGUACUGCAACCAUGAUUGGACCCCUCCUGCUUAUCCUCCUCUCUUACAUCUUCAUUGUAGCCAAGGUUUGGAAGGUCCCUUCAACUUCCAGGAAGUACAAGGCCUUCUCCACGUGCAGCGCCCACCUCACCACAGUGGCCUUGUUCUAUGGCACUCUGAUAGGCACCUACAUCCGCCCAUCGUCCACCUACUCUGGCUCCAGAUUGAAAGUAGCAUCUAUACUCUACACUGUGGUCACUCCUAUGCUCAAUCCUUUCAUAUAUAGCUUGAGGAAUGGUGAGAUGCAUGGGGCAAUGAGGAGGCUACUGAAGAUUUGGUUUCAGAGGGGGAGAGGCAUAGGGGAUAUGAGAUGAUCACAGAAUUAG